AUGUCGCUUGGACAUCCCAGCGCUGGUACCCGCGCUGCCAGGGCGGCUGCCUUGGGCGUCGCGCUGCUGGGUUGUCACCUUGCGAAGGAAACCCUCGCCUGGGUGGGCAUCAGCAGCCCAAAAGGCGCUUGCAGCAUCUUUGUCAGCCACUGCGCGCCCUACUCGCGGCCACUAGUACGGAUGCUUCGCCGCGCCCAGGGCACGGACCCCUUCACUGUGCUCGGUGUGGAGGCGAGCGCGACCCGCGAUGAGGUCAAGAAGGCCUUUCGCGAGCGGAUUCGCAAAGCACACCCUGACGCCGGCGGCAGCACCGAAGAGUUCAAGCAGGUCCGCGAGGCAUACCAGGAGGCGUUGACCCGCGUGGGUUUCCACGUCUCUGGUGACGACUCCAGGACCGGCGAGGGCACCACAAGAACGAAUGCACCAGGCUGGUCCAUCCGUGAUUUCUACAAGUGGCGGCGCGAGCAAGUCCAGCAAGAGAAAGAUGUUUGGGAACAGGAUGCAGAGGCCCGAAGCCAGCACUGGUGGUCUUCCAAAGGCACGCGCGCGCAGCAGCGUGACCGGGCUGCCACGGCAGCCGAGGAGCCACCGAAGACUGUCCGGGCACAAAAUCCGCGAAUGCGACGGGAAGACCGACUGCGGAAGAAGCAGAAACUGCAAGAGCGCCAGGACGAGUCUGUAAUGGAGUGGGAUGCAUUCCUGAAGAGAACCAAGAAUGGCAAAGAUAAAGACACCUUCGGGCAACAGAAACGGACGAGACCGGCACGCAGCGGUCCAAGCGCGAACGGGGACAAGGUCGUGACACACCGCUCCAUUGCAACCCUCGAAGGUCAGAAGCGUGUCCCAGUUUUCCAAGACAAGGGUGGAACGUGCUACUAUGUUUCACCUACCACGCAGAGGAAAGUCGUCCUGCCAAAGUAA